AAAAAUAAAAAAAUAGAAAAAACGAUCUCCUGCUUAAUUGCCCACAGUUUCCAAAACUAGUGACCGUCGGAUGAAUGAAUUUACCCUCCAACGGCCAGAUUAGGGAUUCUUUCAACCAUUUUUUUCCCUCGCUGCUCUGGGAUAAACCCUAGAAAUUGCUUGCAGAUAGGGAUUUUUGGGUUAAUUCUUGGGUUUUUCUGACCUUUUAUUUGUCAGGUGUAUCAAAAUGGCAACUUGUACUGAAGAGGAUCCGAAAAAUAAACCACAGCCGCAAUUAGUGAGGUUGGACAGAGCAUUCAAACUGGCUGAACAGUGGGUUAACAACAUGAGUAAAUCCUCAGUGGAUGAGAAAUCGAAAUCGACUUCUGUAGAUUUGGAAGGGCGUCCGGCUAGGCUGGGUAUUGGUGCAACUGUUCCUAAAGAGUCUAGAGUCACGCGUUCUGAUAAUCCAGUCGAGAGAAAAUUGAUUGCCACAUUGAAUGCUAACAAAAAGAAAGCCAUAACGAAAAAUGAGGCUCCAUCUGCAAAGGUCGAAAAUGUCCUUGGUGACGGAAGUGACGAGGACGAGUCGGAAAGUAAAACGAGAUCUUUUACCAAGAAGAGACCACCGAAUUUCUCACAUUCACUUCUACAAUCGAAAAAACAUAAAUAAUCAGGCAUACUGUGUGAAGGAAGAGCAGUAUUUUCAAGUUUUUAACUGUUUUUGUCUGCUCCAUAACUUUUUGCUAAGGAGAUUUUUUUUCCUCAUUAAUAUGUGGUAUGUAAAAGUGUGAAUCUUUUGUUCCUGUGUGAAGGAAGAGCAGUGUUUUUAACUGAUUUGUUCUCUCCAUAACUUUUCACUAAGGACAUUUUUUUCU